AUGGAUCCAAGUGCAUUGUGCACCUUUGCUUCCUAUCUGGGAGUGGAGUUUCGGUAUUUUAAGAUGUCCACCGAUUACUUGUCCCAUAAAGAAGAUUGCGUUGUUAUUGAAUUUAUGUACUUCCGUUCCCGAGAACCGGGAAUGCUUCCUGCGGUGGAAUGGAUAUCCAAACGAACUGUGAAUCUGGGCAAGUUUAUGGAGGUAAGGAAGCAGUUGGACCCAAAAGGGUAUGUCUCUAGUGGGUGGUCGGAUGGAGUGCUGGGGAUCGGCAAAGGGGUUCAAAUAUGGCGAGAUGGGUGGGCUUUAGAUGGGCUGUGCGUUUGCAAAGAAGAUCGUCAUUGCGCUCCGGACAAAGGAUUCUUGUGCAGAGCCGGGAAAAUUUGGAAGAACGCUAGUGUCUGCAUACAAGUGUGA